AGAUUGACUUCUCAGAGCUUGUUCUGGAGGAAAUCAUUGGCAUAGGGGGCUUCGGAAAAGUGUAUCGAGCUGUAUGGAUAGGAGAUGAGGUUGCUGUCAAGGCAGCUCGCUAUGACCCUGAUGAGGACAUCAGCCAGACCAUUGAGAAUGUCCGCCAAGAGGCCAAGCUCUUUGCAAUGUUAAAGCAUCCCAACAUCAUUGCCCUCAGGGGCGUGUGUUUGAAGGAACCUAAUCUUUGCUUGAUCAUGGAGUUUGCCCGUGGAGGAUCGUUAAAUAGAGUGUUGUCUGGUAAAAGGAUACCUCCUGACAUACUAGUGAACUGGGCAGUCCAGAUCGCGAGGGGAAUGAACUACCUGCACGAGGAAGCAAUUGUUCCCAUAAUUCACCGUGACCUGAAGUCCAGCAACAUACUGAUACUCGAAAAGGUGGAAAAUGGAGAUCUGAGCAACAAGAUAUUGAAGAUCACGGAUUUCGGCUUGGCCAGGGAAUGGCAUAAAACUACCAAAAUGAGCGCAGCUGGGACAUAUGCCUGGAUGGCUCCUGAGGUCAUCCGCUCCUCCAUGUUCUCCAAAGGCAGCGAUGUGUGGAGUUACGGCGUGCUGCUUUGGGAACUGCUAACAGGAGAAGUACCAUUCCGAGGAAUUGAUGGUCUUGCAGUAGCAUACGGUGUUGCCAUGAAUAAACUUGCCCUUCCAAUCCCUUCCACAUGUCCAGAGCCUUUUGCCAAACUCAUGGAAGAUUGUUGGAACCCUGACCCACACUCACGACCUUCCUUUGCCAGUAUCCUAGACCAUCUCACCGCCAUAGAAGAGUCUGGUUUCUUUGAAAUGCCCAAAGAUUCCUUCCACUCCCUGCAGGAAGACUGGAAACAAGAGAUCCAGGAGAUGUUUGAUCAGCUCAGAGCCAAAGAAAAGGAGCUGCGCACAUGGGAAGAAGAGCUGACUCGUGCUGCUGUUGAACAGAAGAACCAUGAGGAGUUGCUACGAAGGCGGGAACAGGAGCUGGCAGAACGCGAGAUUGACAUCCUGGAAAGGGAGCUCAACAUCAUCAUCCACCAGCUGUGUCAGGAAAAGCCUCGGGUGAAGAAACGCAUGGGGAAGUUCAAGAGGAGCCGGCUCAAGUUAAAAGAUGGCAAUCAUAUCAGCCUGCCUUCAGAUUUCCAGCAUAAAUUCACUGUGCAGGCUUCUCCAACGAUGGAUAAAAGGAAAAGUUUGAUCAGUAGCUGCUCCAGCCCACCUGCAAGUCCUACCAUUAUUCCCAGACUCAGGGCCAUACAGUUGACUCCCGCUGAAAGCAGUAAAACGUGGGGAAGAAGCUCAGUCCUUCCAAAGGAGGAAGGAGAGGAAGAAGAGAAGAGAGGCCAGAAGAAAAAGGGACGUACUUGGGGACCGAGCUCGCUUUGUCACAAGGAGCUAGGUGCAGGAGAAGAUGGUCUGAAAGCUCUGGUAGAAGGAUACAAACAGUGGUCAUCCAGUGCACCGAACCUCGGGAAGAUCCAGAGAACUGCGCCUGCUUUUCCAGGAUUCACCAGCUUAGCAGAGAUGGAUGAUGAAGACAGCGAAUGUCUUAAUGGGGAGGGCAAAGUGCACCCUUCACCUGGGCACAAUCAGUCAUACCUCUGCAUCCCAUUUCAGAAGAAUGAAGACUGGGAUGGCCCUUCUAGCGAUGCCAAUGAGGAGUCCACCCCUGUGAACUCUGCUACGAGUACCCCGCAGCUGACACCCACCAACAGCCUCAAACGUAGUGGCUCCCACCACAAGCGAUGUGAGGUUGCGUUGCUUGGCUGUGGAGCAGUGCUGGCUGCUGCAGGCCUGGGUUUUGAUCUGUUAGAAGCAGGGAAGUGUCAGCUGCUGAUCGAGGAGGAGCCAGAGGCACCCAAGGAAGAGAAGAAGAAGCGUGACAGCAUUUUCCAGCGAGCUGGACGCCCACGCAGGAGCACUAGCCCACCUUCCCGAAAGAUCUUCAAGAAAGAGGAUCCCAUGUUGCUGCUAGGCGAACCAUCCACAUCCCUCACCCUUCUUUCCCUGUCUUCCAUUUCCGAAUGUAAUUCCACACGGUCCCUGCUGCGCUCAGACAGUGAUGAGAUUGUGGUGUACGAAAUGCCUGUCAGCCCAGUGACAGUCAGGGCUCCCUUGCCAGCCAUUACCAACCCACUAGUCAAUGUCCAGAUUGAGAGGUUCAAACAAGACCCCAACCAGUCCCUGACUCCCACACAUGUGACAGUCUCUUCGCACACCCAGCAAAGCGGGCACAGGCGCACACCUUCUGAUGGGGCCAUCAAAGGGAGUGGACUAGUUGUCAAUGGGUGCCCAACCAGUGGAUGUCCUUCCAGUAGCUGUUUAACUGGAGCACUGGGAGCAGGUGUAUUAAAAACACCUAGUCCAAGUAGAGAUCCCAAUGAGGUCCCUCGCCUGCCAGACCCCAACCUUGUUUUUCCUCCAACCCCGAGACGAUGGAAUGCACAGCAGGACCCCACACUGGAAAGACCCAAGACAUUGGAGUUCCUGCCCCGGCCACGUCCUGCAGCCAGUCGGCAGCGGCUUGAUCCCUGGUGGUUUGUGUCACCCAGUAACGCCAAGGGUGAAUCUUCUGCCAACAGUUCAAGUACUGAUACUCCAAGCAAUCUGGACUCUUGUUUUGCUAGUAGCAGCAGCACUGUAGAAGAGAGACCUGGACUGCCUGCACUGCUUCCUUUCCAGGUGGGUCUUCCUGUAGAGGAGCGGACACUGUUGGACAUAGAUGCUGAGGGGCAGAGCCAGGACAGCACCAUUCCGCUAUGCAGAAGUGAACUUAACACACACAAAGCUGCAGCAUAUGAACUCAAGCAAGAAUUCUGGUCUUAG